UCUCCCUUGUCUUGUUCUUGCAUCCUAGAGCUUUUGCAGUAAAAAAAAAGCAAGAUAAAUAAAAUAAAAAAUACUGCUCUAGCUUUUGGAAUAUAUUCCUGUUUUAAUCUCAUCAAAAACCUAUAAAAUGGCACGUCAAUUUGUCAUAUUGGCCCUAUUGGCUUUGACCGUGGCCACCGUUUUCGCUGCAGACGCUCCCUCAGCCUCUCCCAAAAAAUCUCCAUCACCAACCACUGCCCCAACCAAGGCUCCCGCCGCCCCAACCAAAGCUCCGGCCGCUGCACCUAAGUCAACCUCAGCCUCUUCUCCUAAAGCAUCUUCCCCUGCUGCGGAAGGACCUGCUGCUGAAGGACCUGCUGCCGAAGAUGACUACUCCGCGGCUGGCCCCAGUGAUGCUAGUGAGGCGCCUGACGUCUCCUCUCCACCGGCUCCUACACCCGAUAGCACAUCAGCAGAUGGACCAAGUGAGGCAGAGGCACCAAGUAGCAGCGCCGUGGCCACCGUCAGGCUCUCUGUUGCCGGCACUAUCAUCACCGCCGUCAGCUUCCUCUUUUUUUCUCUCUAAGUUAAAGCAGUCCACAUUUUGCCAGACAAUUAUUUUUUGAGAUGAGGUCGUAAAUGUAUCUUAUAAUAUACGUUUAUAAAUCGAGGUUACCUGGAGUUAAUAUAAACUCAAGUAUAUCAAUAUGAAAUUUUGUUUAACUCAAAUGUUAUGGAAAGGCGUAUGAUUUUUGUGCCCUGGUGGGGUCUUCUGUCGCCUAACUAUUAUAUACAUUGAUA